GCUGGUGUAACUCAGCGGGUCAGACAGCAUCUUUGGAGAGAAGGAAUGGGUGACGUUUCGGGUCGAGACCCUUCUUUAGACCUAUAUACUGUAUACAUAAUAAUACAUAUGUGUGUCUACGUUCCAUCAUUGCUUCCUUUAAUAUUUGCACCUUUAUCUUUUCCCACGUGCUUGGCUACGUUGAGGUGAGAAUGAUGCCUGCAAUUAUAUUGCUGGGUCAAAGACGCCAUCUGACUGUGACCUGUAGUAACUGUGUCUAACACGGCGGCUUCCUUCACGGACUACAAUCCCCAACAACCUUCGCCCGGGCCCGCUGUCAGUGGCGAGUGCAGGUGGUGAUCAGCUGGAGGGGGUGAAAUCUGCGCCAGUUUCACUAGAAAUCCACUGUGCCCGGCGGGUUAGUUUCCGAGUUGAAACCCCGGGCGUUUAGUGUGCGGCGCGCUAGGAGCUUCUGACUUCAGUGGUGAUUAAUUUUGACGGAGGAUUUCGAGAGGGGCCUUGAUCUUCCGCCAUGGCGUCCCGCACCAAUAUGCGGAUGAUGCUCAUGCGGGAACAGCUGCAGAAGGAGGAGCAGCGGGAGAAAGAGCAGCAACAACAGGCAGCUAUGCAUUUAAUGCAACAGCGCAUGCCGAUCAACACCACACCUGCUAUCAAUGUCAGCAACUCCAUCCAGUACCCGACGCGCCCGGAGGUUCCUCGAGAGAUUCUAAAGGUCGAGACUCACCUGGAGAAUCCGACCAAGUACCACAUCCAGCAGUCACAGAAGCAGCAGUUGAAGCAGUUCCUCUCCACCAACUUUGGCACCAAGUUAGCCAUGCAGUCUCUGGGACACGCGCACUCCCCUCAGCCUUCAAAUAUCUCGCCCGGCUUGAGGAACGACCAUGGACUGUCUGGAUCCACAGGAAACAGCGCCCCGAACAGCCCCAUGGCCAUGCUGAACAUCGGCUGCAACAUGGAACGAGAGAUGGAUGAUGUAAUUGAUGAUAUAAUUAGCCUGGAAUCCAGCUAUAAUGAUGAUGUCCUUGGCUACAGAGACCCCAUUGUUCAGAUGCCAAACACCUUGCCUCUAUCCAGCAGCCACAUGGAAGUCUACACAACUCAUGCCAUUGCAGCGCCCACUAGCAACUCGUGUCCCGCCAACAUUGCCAUUAAAAGGGAAAUAUCAGAAGCCAGAGCAUUGGCUAAAGAGCGGCAGAAGAAAGACAAUCACAACCUGAUUGAACGCAGGCGGAGGUUUAACAUCAACGAUCGGAUCAAAGAGUUGGGAUUGAUGAUCCCCAAAUCCAGUGACCUGUCCUGUUCGUUGCUGCACAGGGAUGUCCGCUGGAAUAAGGGGACGAUACUAAAAGCCUCGGUCGAGUAUAUCAAACGACUGCAGAAGGAUCAGCUGAGGACCAGGGAGAUGGAAGGCCAAUCGAAGAGGCUGGAAAUGGCCAACAACCACUUGCGGUUUCGCAUUCAGGAACUGGAAAUGCAAGCACAGGCUCAUGGACUCUCCACUGUCUCACCCUCGGGGCUAAACACACCGGAGCACCUCGGUUCUUGCCUGAAACACGAGGAGAACCCCAUGGAUGCACUUCAACAGCAGCAGCUGAACCGGCACCACCAGCAACCUGCUCCGAGCCAAGCGGAUUUUGCUCAGUCCUUUGGCUUCUGUGACAGCUCGCUGGGCUAUGCUGACCCCAUGGGCCAGUUUACUGACCUCUCCUUCAGCGUCCCCACCAAAGCAGAUUACCAGCUGGACGACAUGCUGAUGAUGGACGACACGCUCUCCCCCCUGGGGAAGGACCCCUUGCUCUCCUCCGUCUCCCCUGAAGCCUCCAGAGCAAGCAGCCGAAGAAGCAGCCUCAACAUAGAUGACGGUGACAUGCUGUGAUGUUGGCCUCAGCUGAAACCACCAUGCAAGGUGCGGGGAUGCCAGCUUUUUGAGCUACACGAAUUUCCUGAACUCGUAUGGAAUUUUAAGAAUGUGUCAGAAGUUGCUGUCUUUUUUUUUACUGACUUAAUUGGGUUUUGAAGAUUUCCAUGUCCUUUUGCAGACCAUAUUUUACAGUGAUUUUGUGGAGGUUGCCCUUCCCUACCUUCAGUGUGGUCCAUGCCACACCAUGUCCAUAUCAGCCCCUGCACCAUCCCUUCCUCUCCCAGCAGGGAAUAGCAUAUGCCCCACACCCGGGUAAAUGGCUGACCACCAAGGAACGAACCAUCUUCUAUGGAAGGCAUUUGGUUUAAGGUUGUAAAAAUGCAUCGGUGUUAUUGCGUCACUGAGCUGGAGUUGGGGUUGGG